AUGGCGAGUCAGAAUAACUCUUCAUCAGACGUCUUCUACCCUGACGACCAUGAACUCUCUCGUCAUGGAGGUGUAUAUAGUCCUCUUUCACAAUAUUCCACAUAUUCACAUGAAGUCAAAUACAUUUUCAACCCGAUACAAGACGAUGAUCCGAACGCUGAUUAUUCAUUAAUUUCACCACGUACCAAAACUAACAAUGUUCAGAUACAAAAUUCGAGAACGAUGAGUUCCAGUUCUCUCUAUUCCGAUCAUUCCUCGGUGAAAGAUGUCAAUAUUGGAGUGCCUCAUUCCCAGUCUGGAUAUUCUAACUAUAGUCUAGUGAGUCAAGCUCGACGGAAAACCCGAUCACCAUCAGUCACGAUGAAUAAUAACUCUAUUCAUAAUAACUCUGUGAGUACAGGUAGAGAUGUAAUUAGACAGUGUAACGUACAAUAUAUCAUGGAUAUACCACCCCCACCCCCCUUAUACGAGGAUGUAGAACGUGUACCCCCUAAACUUGCCCCUAUCAGUGGUGUCCUGCCUCAGAAUAUUUAUAGUUGGUCUGUUAUCAAAGUUAGAACAAUACCUUUAUAUUGUUCAUUAUUACAAUUAAAUAUAUUAGUCAUAGUUAUAGCCUGUUAG